GUAUAUAACGUCUCAACGCCACUCUCUGUGCCAGAGGAUAACCACGUUAUAUUGUGGUGUAAUGUUGAUAUACGCUCUGUGCAAGUGCUUUGGAAAUUGAACCAACCAAUAUGGAAAUAAUGGUUUGGAUUAGUAGGUUGUUGUAACGUGUGCGUGCGUUUGGUUAUGGUGUAGGUAUAAUUUGCGUAAUAAGUGGAAAAUUUGGAACACGAGGUGAAAUUUCAACAAAUGCCAUUCUGUGACAAUUUUAUUGUCACUUCAAACAAAUGUGCAUAUGUGAAGGUGUUAAGUAUUGCAUUGUGCCUUUGAGUGAAUGGCAAGAAGAUGCGAUGAAAGCUUGCUUGUGGAUUUUUUGCCUGAGAUUAUUUAUUCAUGGAUGAUUUCUUAGAGGGCAUUUUUAGUGAAGAUAGCGAUGGAUGGGAUCAUGGAGAAGCUGAAGCCGCCUUGUACAGCAUGGUUCAUCAUAGUGAAGAAACAUACAAUACCAGCAUGUUAGAAUUUAGUGAAGGUUAUAUCCGUCAGAGAAAUAAUGUUAAUAGGUGGGAGGUUUUAAAGCAAAUACGAAAUUCUGGAACCCCAAGUAAUUAUAUUUUACAUCCUCAAAAUAUCAGUCCAGCAGCCAAUCAUAUACCCUUUGUUGACAAUAAUAUUUCCAGCAUAUCCAAAACAAUGUUUGGCCAACGGUUUAAUAGUAGAGAACAGAAUGUAAACUAUCACAGAACCGAUAAACCACAAAAUAUGAAUGAAAGAAUCAGAAACGUUUAUCAAAGGAAGAGUAAUCUUGUGCCUAUAUUUGUCCAAAGGAAUGAUUACAAUCUACAAUACAGUGUUGACCCUCAGGCUAUUUUGAAAGUAAAUAAUUUUAGUUCAUUUGAAACCCCUAGAAAUGUCAGCCAGAUUGAGAGUGAAUUCAACAGAAAAAGUGUUGGCUUCUUGAAGCACCGUGGCAGACAAUCUGGAGAAGGUAUUGUUGAUAAUUCUCUCUUUGGGAUGGAGCAAAAUAGAAACCCAACUAAUAGAACCAAUUCAUAUUAUGGAUUAAAAGUUGCUGGUGAUCCUAGUGCUAGUACAAGUAAGGAAAAGAAUGCAUCAAACAUUCCUGAAGUUGGUUCUAAUAUUUGUCCCCCAAAAAGGUUCAAUGGUAUUGAAAACCAUAAUUCUAAAAUUUGUGCAGUUGAAAAGAAUGCUCCAAAGAUUGUUGAAGUGUCAAGUACAACAACAGACGAAGUUGUGAUCAUUAGUGACACUGAUGGUAAUGAAGACCAUUCAGAUCAGUCUGUUGUGGAGGUAUGUAUCCCUGCAAAACCUUCACCGCCCGUGGUAGCAUUAGACAGUUCAGAUGAAUCAGAAACGGGAGACAUUUCAAAUAAGUCUCUUAUUUUAAAUGUCAAUAAGACCAAUAAAAAAUUGAUUACUAAUAGCCCUCACACCAGUCAAAGUACUACAGUAAGCAGUAAAAAUAUCAAGAACCCAUUGUUUAUGAUCAGCUCAACUUCCAAAGAAAUAAAAAAAAAGACGAAGAAGAAGAAAAAGCGUAAACUCAUUCAUUCAUUUGAAUGUAAAUCGUGGACUACUGGAAUGUUGCAAUUCUACAAUACAUCUUGGGGAGGUGAAACUUAUGAUCAUCAAAAAUUACUUCAAGAGAUGACAUCUAACCCAAACAAGUGGAAAAUUCUGGAUGUUGAUAAAUAUGGGCCUGUCAAAAAUUAUGGUCCUCGAAUACGUUGUGCUAAUUGCAGUCAGUUUGGGCACAUGGCUAAACAGUGCCCUGAUCCGAAGAAAAUGAAAUGUUGUUCAAUGUGUGGCCAGCGUGGACAUGUAGAAAAUGAGUGUCCAAAUAAAUUAUGUUUAAAAUGUGGUCGGCCUGCUCCACUCUUCAAUGAAGGUUGCCCUUCGUGUUGGAAUCAUUCACCAAACUGUGCUUCAUGUGGAGGCAAAGAUCACUUUAAUUGGUUGUGUCCUGAUGUAUGGCGUAAGCUUCAUUCUGUGGUGAGUAAAAUAAAUGCGAUUUUUAUAGAAUAUGUAGUUUUUAUUGUGAACUUUAAGUUUGGAGGUUCUUAUUAA